AUGGCCGCCGUCACCGUGCUCAACGAGCUUCCGUCCGCGUCGCUCUUCAAAUUCCCUCCGGACGGUGCCCACAUGGCAAUCCCCCCACCGCUGCCCGGCUCCAUCGCCGCCGCGCCCCCGUUCGAAAUCCCCGACCACAUCUUCUCCGCAGCUCUCGACCCCAAAGUCCCCAUCACCAUCGCCGCCCUCUACGCCGUCACCGUCAAGCUGUUGAACAGGUACAACCUUUCCAACGGCCGAAAGCCAUGGGGAAUCAGCAAGACGAAGCCCUUCUUCGCCUUUGUCGUUCUUCACAAUGUUUUCCUCGCCGUCUACUCGGCCUGGACAUUCUGGGGCAUGUUGGGAGGUAUGCGCAGAAGCGUUGUGAGCCCCUUCGGCCCCAAUGGCCUUGCUGCCACCGCCGACAGCUUCUGCCAGCUUAACGGUAACGCCGGAUUCGGCUCUGCCACCGUCUACAACGAAACUGUUGGUUUCUGGUCCAGCCUAACUGGUCAGUCUGCCCUGGGUUUCGAUGGCCGCCCGAGUCGCGAAUCCACAGGCAGAAUCUGGAACGAGGGCCUUGCUUUCUACGGAUGGAUCUUUUACCUCAGCAAGUUCUACGAGGUCCUCGACACCUUCAUCAUUCUGGCCAAGGGCAAGCCCAGCUCCACCCUCCAGACCUACCACCACGCCGGUGCCAUGAUGUGCAUGUGGGCCGGCAUUCGCUACAUGUCUGCCCCCAUCUGGAUGUUUGUCCUGGUCAACUCCUUCAUUCACGCCAUGAUGUACACCUACUACACCAUCACCGCCUUCAGCAUUCGCGUCCCCAUGGCCAUUAAGCGAACUCUCACUACCAUGCAGAUCACCCAGUUCCUCGUCGGAGCCUCGUACGCUAUGCUGCACUCCUUCGUUUCCUACACCGUCCCCGUGACCGUCUACACUUCCAAGAGUGCCGCUGCCGCGGCCGCUGCUGCCACCGAGUCUACUACCACCGCUGCUGCCGAGGCCACUGCCACUGCCGCCGCCGGUGCCUUCGAGGGCUUGAAGAAUAUGGUCUUUGGCGCCUCUGCCAAGGUCGCUGAGGAAGCUGUCGCCGCGUCCGCCGCCGCCGCCGCCGCUGCCCCUCCUCAGCCCGGCUUCAUCGCCGAGACUGUCUACGUCACCCAGCCCUGCAUUACCACCAGCGGAGAGACGUUCGCCAUCUGGCUCAACGUGUUCUACCUCGCUCCCUUGACCUACCUCUUCGUCAUGUUCUUCAUUCGCAGCUACCUCCGCCGUAGCAGCGCCGAGUCUGCCAAGGGCAAGGGCAAGACGCGCCGUGAGAGCAACGUCACUCUGGCCGAGAAGGCCGGCUGGGAUGCCGCCCGCGAUGUCAACCGCGAGAUCUACAACGGUUCUUCCGAAGAGGCUACCGAGGGCAGCCCCCGCCGCGCCAACGGCAAGACCAACAACAAGGCUCGCGCUUAA